AUGGGGUUGGGUAAUGGGUAUAGUGGAGAAAAGGAAGGAGGGAGGGAGAAGAGGGGGAGACGGGGAAGGAAGGAGGGAAGAAGAGAGGGAAAGGAGGGAAGGAAGGAGGGGGGGAAGAAAAAGGAGAAGAAAAAGGGAAAGGGAACAGAAGCAAGAGGGAAGGGAGGGAGGGAAGGAGGGGGGUGGUGUGGUGUGGUGUGGUGUGAUGUAAGAUUGGGGUUGGGUUUGGGGUUGGAAGGGAGGGAGAGAGAAGGAGAGGGGAUGGAUGGUGAAGGAAAACAAGCGAAAGGGCGGGGCAAGAGGGAAGGGGAGGAAAGAAUGCUUGGAUUGGGUGAUGUGAUAAUUAGAGAUUAG